AUGAAUGAGCCGUUGUUAUAUCGUGGAGAUCCAUCUGAAUAUGGUCUAUUUAUUAACGAUAGUUCAAAUCCUAUAAAUAGUAUUUGGCUAGAUAAUGGACGUACAUUAAAUUAUUAUUUACUAAAAAAUGGUGUAUGGAUAUCAAUAUUAAUUACAAACAUUAUUUGUAUUUAUUUUUUUUUGCAGAAUAUUGUCGAAUAUCGAAACAAGUAUCGUCCACUUAAGAUUCGUUUGAUGACACAGUUGAUUUUUGAUUCUGGAACAGAUUUGACGGAUACUCGAAAAACAUCAACACUAUUAAAGGUAUUUUGGAUAUACAAUAUUAUUUCUUCUUUAAUCGAUUCCGGUCAUCUUCGUGAAUCACAUUCACCGUAUUCGGCACCUGCAAUUCUUAUUGAUAAAAAAGAUAAGAGUUACCGUUUAGUAGUUGAUUAUAAGAAGCUUAAUGCUAUCACAAUUAAAGAUGAGUUUCCUCUUCCGAAUAUGGAAGAAACACUUCAGGAAGUAGGAGGCGGAUAUUGUUAUUUUUCCAAACUCGAUUUAAAAUCCGGAUUCUGGCAAUUACCAAUAGAUGAGAAAGAUCGACAUAAAACAGCGUUUAAAACUCCAUUCGGUCUUUAUGAAUGGAACGUCUUGGCUCAAGGUCUCAAAAACUCUCCUCCAACAUUUCAAAGAGUUUUGUCGAAGUCAUCUAGAUCAAGUUCUUUCGCGGCUGCACCAAGCCAAUUUUCAACUCAACCCAUCAAAAUGCGCGAUAGCUAAAACUGAAAUCGAUUACCUUGGUCAUCGUGUCAAUCAGUAUGGAAUUUCACCAUUACCUUUUUGAAGUCAUUUUGUAUACUUUAUCUCGUAGUUUAUUUAUUCAAUCCAAACGUUUCGGUGUUUUAUACACCUUCUUCAGUGGAUAAAUAAUUAAGAAAACACAAAAUUGAGCGAUAAGAAAUAUAA